CAGCCUCGUUGAUCCCUUGGAUUUAUUAUUAUUUCUUGGUAACAUGCACUGGUUUUUUUUUUCUCUCGAGAGGCCGGGAAAAUUGACUCAUGGGAGAAGUGUUGCUCAACGGUGUUUAGUCAAGGUAAUGUUGGCAGCGAGUUCAGACCCUAGCGGCCGUUGUUGUUCACCUUAUUAUUUGAUCGACGGCGACUCCGUUUUUCCACUGGAGGCGGACACGGCGAGAACGAUACGGACAACGUAUCCGUACUUCCGUCGGCAAUAGGACCAGCUUGCUCUCGGUCUGCGCAUCCUUUUUAGGUCCGCGGAUUUUGCAGGACACAGAGAUCGAUCUCAUUGCGUACCCUUCUUCUUGGAACAUCGAUCGAUAUGGGUGAAGCCGGUGAAAUCCACCUGCAGAUCGAAGGUACCCGAAGCGAAGAAGCGGAUAAUCACAAUGGCACGUCUCCUGCAACCGCGGCGCCGGCGUCACCGUCGAUGUCAGAGCGCCUCCGAUGGUGGGCGGUGGUGAUCGUGAACAUCGUGUUCGUCCUGGGCGGGCAGAGCGUGGCCACGCUCCUGGGACGGAUCUACUACGACCAGGGCGGCAACAGCCUGUGGAUGGCCACGCUGGUGCAGUCCUGCGGCACGCCGCUGGCCGUCCCGCUGCUGCUCUACCUCCGGCGCAAGUCAAAGCCCUCCGCCCGGACACGGCCGCCGGUGCUCAAGAUGGCGGCCAUCUACGCCGGCCUGGGCGUGCUCCUCGCGGGCGACAACCUCAUGUACUCCUACGCGCUCCUCUACCUGCCGCUCUCCACAUACUCGCUCAUCUGCGCCACGCAGCUCUCCUUCAACGCCGUCUUCUCCUACUUCAUCAACAAGGAGAAGUUCACCGCGCUGAUUUUCAACUCCGUCGUGCUGCUCACCUUCUCGGCGGCCCUCGUCGGCGUGAGCCACGGUUCCGACAGCACCAACAGCACCGUGCCCGUGGGCAAGUUCCCCCUGGGGUUCGUGCUGACGCUAUCGGCUUCGGCCGUCUUCUCCCUGAUCCUGUCCCUGAACCAGCUGACGUUCGACAAGGUGCUCAAGAGCGACACCUUCUACGACGUCAUGGAGAUGCAGUUCUGGAGUAACACUGCGGCCGCGGCCGUGUCCGUGGCCGGGCUGUUCAUCUCCGGGGAGUGGAGCACCCUGGGCGGGGAGAUGGCCGCGUACAAGGCCGGCAAGGUGGCCUACGGGAUGACGCUGGCCUGGACGGCCGUGUCGUGGCAGCUCACCACCAUGGGCAUGAUGGGGCUCGUCGCCGCCGUGUCGUCGCUCUUCACCAAUGUGAUCAGCACCGUCGGGAUGCCGCUGUCGCCCGUCGUCGCCGUCAUCUUCCUCGGCGACUCCAUGGACGGUGUCAAGGUGCUGGCCAUGCUCAUUGGCCUCUGGGGAUUCUUCUCCUACAUUUACCAGCACUACCUUGACGACGCCAAGGUUAAGAAGAUACGUGCUGAGGGAUUAAGCGUAUCAUCGGCCGACGACGACGAAAAACAGAGUGUAAAAGUCAGCACAGAAUGAGUAGAGAAACUCUGCUCACUUGUGUUGGGCGUUUGUUUUACUGUACCGUGAUCGGUUCCCACUGUCACGGUUUGGGAUACUGUACAUACUUCAUACUUCCAGGUUUGCUAUUUCGUAAUCGCCUGGUAUCUGAUGAAAUCAGAGUCGAUGUUCACAGUU